AUGAUACCCGGCACCGACGAGGAGAGUCUGCUGCUGUGGCAGGUCAAUGAGGGCGUCAGCCUCUUCGCGUGCGAGGAGGCCGCCGUGUACAGCAACAUCUCGCGCGAGCUGGUUCCUGGCCUGACAACACUGAAGGUCGACUCCAACCUGGCGUGCGACAAGGGCGGCGAGUUCGGGACGGCCCUGAACACGGACAUCUUCUUCGCAGUGUGGGACGCCGUGAUCGCCAACGGCCGCUACAAGAAGCACUCGUGGUCGGUGAAGGUGGACCCCGACUCCGUCUUCUUCCCGCACCGGAUGCACGACAUGCUGGACCUCCUCAUCGACGACGGCAUGAGCGAGCCUGGGGUCUACGUGAAUAACUGCCAGUACGGCAUGCACGGGCCGCUCGAGGUGCUCUCUGUGGCCGCGGUGGACACCUGGGUCAACGGCCGGCAGGAAUGCGUGGACCACUUCGAGAAGUUGUGCCAGGGCCCAUGCUUCUGGGGCGAGGACAUGUUCCUCGACCAGUGCAUGCAGAAGGUGCUCAACGCCACGCGCGUCGACGACUUCAACCAGCUGCUGGAGGACCACUGCUCGCCGCCGGCCGGCUGGGAGGAGUGCACCAGCGGAAGCGCGGCUGCGUUUCACCCCUACAAGAACGUCUCGGCGUACAAGAAGUGCUUCCACAGCGCGCUGGAAGCGGGCGGCGACGACGCGGACGCGCCUGUGCAGAGGAUGAGCCUGAUGAGGAACUAG